CUUUAUAGCUAAUUAUGUAUUAUUCAAUAAAAUCAUAACAAAGUACAAACUAAUAGUAGUAACUAGUUAUUACUAUUUGUGGUAUUAUUUAAUUUAAACAAUUUAAAUUAGCGCAAAUUAGAAUAGUGCAUCUGCAGAAAUUAUGAGUUUUAGGUCCUCAGCUUUGGUACGAAGACGAAUUUAUCUUCACAGGAUUUUUUAUAAUUGUGUUAGAUAUUAUUGCAAAGUUCCUAUUACCCCCGUUGCUUCUCUCGAAAGCGAAAACAUCCCAAAGCCAAAUAUAGACAUAAAUACAGUUGCACUUUUGGAGCGAUUAUCUUUAGUUAAGUGUGAUACUGAGCAAGGCGUGAAAGUGUUAGAAGAUUCUAUCGAUUUCGCAAAUAAAAUUCUUCACAUAAACACUGACAAUGUUCAGCCUAUGUACACAGUCUUAGAAAACGAAAGCUUGAGCUUGCGCAUUGAUGCUGUUACCCAAGGAAAUUGCCAAAAAGAUAUAUUAAAAAAUGCAGUUAUAACAGAGGAUGACUACUUUGUUGCACCCCCAGGAAAUAUACCCCUACAUGAAAUUGAACAAAAAGAAUCUGAUAUCAAUAGAAAUGAAAACAGAAAUUAG